AUGGUGGCGGUCGCACUGCUGGGCUCGCUGUGCCUGCUGGGCACGAGCAGCUUCCACGGUCUGCGGAGGCACCGGCCGCACCGCAGCCUCCUGGCGCAGGGCGUUCCCGCCAGCCUCAUGCACACCAACAUGACCGCCGCCUUCGCGCAGAGCCUUUGCAGCGCCCACGCCUCGCCCCUGCUGCUCAAUCAGACCUGGACCGAUGGCCCCGUCUGCUCCUUCGGAGGCAGCCAGUCCUUCUCGGCUGCAGGGGGCGCAGAGGAGACAUGCGGGGGGUUGAUGGGGGUGCCGAAGGUGGCGAUGCUGUUUCUGGCGACCAAGGGGUUUGCCCACUCGGCGAUGUGGGCGAUGUGGUUCCAGCAGGCGGGAGGCCUGCUGCCCGCCGACUGCGCCGCCGCAGCUGUCUGCCGCGCCGGCGAUCCGGCCGCCCGCGCCGCCGCCCUCGGGGCGCUGCUACGCUCCUGCGGGCCCUUCCCCCAGGCCCCAGGGCUGAGGGAGGUGGUGGAUAGGCAGCACCUGUUCUCGGUAUACGUGCACCUGCCGCCCAACAAGACGCUGUCGGGGCCACCGUCCAUAUUCCACGGCCGUGAGAUCCCCGGCAGCAUCCCCACUGGCUGGGGUGAGUGGUCCCUCGCCAACGCAUCCCGCGUUCUGCUCAGGGAGGCGCUGAAGGACCGGCUGAACCAGCGGUUCAUAAUGCUGUCGGAGUCGUGCGCGCCGCUGUAUCCGCCGGCCGUCGUGUAUCAGCAGCUGAUGUAUACGUUUCGCAUGGCGCCAGAUCUGGAGGAGCAGCACUGGAGGAAGAGCUUCCAAUGGUUUGGGGUUGUGAGGAAGCAUGCGGCGGUCAUUGCCAAUGAUCAGAAGGUUGCAAAGGUGUUUGAGCAGCACUGCACGAAUGCAUGGGACGAUGACAGGGGAGCUUGGCGCAGCUGCUUCAGUGAUGAGCACUACUUUGCCACCGUGCUGGCCACUCAGGGCCUGGAUGAGGAGACGGAUUGCAAGGGGGGACUGACGCACACAGAGUGGUGCGACCCGUGCACGGAGGGGGAGGACCGGCUGCACCCGCGCGCGUUCAAGCCCGAGGCCGUCUCACACGCCUCGCUGGACGGCAUGCGCGAGGAGCGGGGGGAUAAGGCCUGCAACGUGUCGGCCGCGCUCGGCUGGGCCGCCGACGGCUUUAUUACUGCCGCGGGGCUCGCCGCCGGGCAGCAGUGCGGCUCUCCGCCGGUCUACAGGGGAGAGAGGGCGAUGCUGGGCCGCGGCUGCCCGCUGUUUGCGCGCAAAUUCCCGGCCGACACGGCUGCGGCGCUGCUGCAGGCCGAGUUUGCGAUGCUGGUGGCAGAGAACGCCGCGCGGCCGCAGGGACUGCUGGUCCCAGACAAUCGCGCCACGCACUUUAACUCGCAGUGCAAAGCGCUGCAGCGCGCCGCGAAAAAGGCGCGGAAAGAGCUGUGGCGGUGCAGGGAUGAAGGCGCGAAAGCAGCUUUCCCGGUGACAGGCCGCGGGCUCUUAUGUGCCCUCACAGCUGAGUGCCACGCAUUUGAGCUCGCAGUGAGCGAGGCGUUGGAAAGCGCUGCAGCGGCGGCAAAGAAGGCGCAGACGCAGCUGUCUCGGUGCAGCGCCACAAAUUUUAACUCGCAGCGCAGGCGCGAAAAGAGACCCUGGAAAUAG